AUGCUGAGUCCCGGGGCCCGCUGGGGACGAGGAGGGUACCCCCGGUCCCGAUGCGCCGGUCCCGCCCCGCGCAAGCGCAGUCGCUCCGCACGCGCCGGCGCGCAGAGGGAGGAGCUCCUGCGCAAACCCCGCGCUGAUUGUCCCGCUGCCCCACGGCCCUUAGUCCUGCUGGACUGUGACCCCCAGUCCCGCUCUCCCCCGCAGCCUCCUGUGUCCCCCGGCCCCUGCGCCCCCCUCCUCACUCCCACGCAGGGCCGGGCGCUGGAUGCGCCGUGGGUGAUUCAUCCUGCUCCAGCCCCCCCCCGCCCCCCCCGCCCUGCGCCGGCAGCUGCCAAAAAUAGCGCUGCGGGGCGGGGGGGGGACCCUCCGCAUCACCUCCCGCUCCCCGCAUCACCGGCGGCAGGCCGGGAUGGCGGCCACGAGCCGCUGUCUCCGACACCCCCAUCCCCGGGGCCGUGGGAAGCGGGACCUGGAGAGGAGGGACCCCACGUUCCGGUUGCCACGUGAGCGAGUGCCAGCCCUGUCCCCGCACUCCGUCCCGCGAGCCCGGCCAUGCCCAGCCCUGUCCGCCGCGCCCCCAGCGCCGCGGUGCCACAGGGGCUCCCCAUGAUCCCGGCGGAGGGUUCGGCGCUGCUGCGCGCCGUAUCCCAAGGGAAAUUCCGCCUGACCCGGCUGCUGCUGGAAGGGGGAGCCUACAUCAACGAAGGCAACGCCGCGGGCACGACGCCGCUGAUGGCAGCGUGCCGUGCCGGCUACGCCGACCCGCCCGAACAGCCGCGGAUGGUCCAGUACCUUCUGGAGAACGGCGCCGAUCCCAACAUUCCCGACAAAUCCGGGAAGACGGCGCUGAUGCACGCUUGCGUCGAGCGCGCCGGCCCGGCCGUGGUCACCAUCCUGCUGGCCCACGGCGCCGACCCCAGCGCCCGGGAUUACGCCGGUGGAUCCGCGCUGGUCUACGCCUUGGAGCGCGGGGACCGGGAGACGCUGCAGGUGCUGCUGGACGCGUGCCGGGAGCGCGGGCGCGACGUCAUUAUCAUCACCUCGGCCACGUCGCCCCGCGGCACCAAGACCACCCGGCAGUACCUGAACUCGCCCCCGUCGCCCGCUCUCUGCGCGUCCCCGUCCCAGGUGCAGGUGCGGGCGGCGGCGUCGCCGGGUGCCGGCGCGAGGGACGAGGAGCGUGACGUGUUCCGCUUCCCACCCACGGCUCCGGGCGCCGCUCCAGAACCAGCCCGGGCUGCGCCCAAGCGGCAGCUGAAGAGGCUCAACUCGGAGCCGUGGGGGCUGGCGGUGCCAGGGGUGGAGGGGAUGCGAGGACACUCCGAGGGGACGCAUGGAAGCCUGGAGGGGACGCAGGGAGCCUCAGAGGGAGCACAGAGAACCUUAGAUGAGAUAUGGGGACCCUUGGAGGGGACAAGGGGCCCCUCAGAAGGUUCGUGGGGUUCCCCUGAGGGCCCACGGGGGCCCCUGGAAGGGACGUCAGCAUCCCCAGAGCGGCUGGUAGUGGGGCUGGAGGGGCUGCGGUUGCGCCCACGCCGGCACAGUGUGGAGGGGCGCGAGGCCUCAGGGCUGCCAGGAGUCACCUGGGCAGAACGAGUGCCCCCUGUCCCCACCCCGGGGCGUUGGGCUCCAGCCCCCGAUCCUCCACGGGGUAAACCCCUGCGCCGGGACCCCCCUAAUCCUGAGCUAGCCACCCCAGGGCUGCUCCGGCACCCGGCUGGGCUGCUGGAGCGCCGUGGCUCUGGAACGCUUCCCCUGGAACCCCCCGGGCCGGGCAGGGCGGGGCUGCUCCCCCCGCUGCCCCCCCGAGCACUGCUCCGCCGGCAUUCCAUGCAGCCAGAAGCUCUGCGGCAUCUCGGGGCCUUCUGCGGGGGGCUGGCUCCCGAGUCUGGCUCUUAG